CCCCCCCCCCCCCCCCCGCCUCGCUUCCCCACCUCCCAGCUUGUGUGUGUGGGCUAGGCUCGCCGCGGGCUCCCGGCUCGGCCGCUCUCGCUCGGUCGUGCGCCCCGGGCUUUUGUGGCGGAGCAGUCCCCGGCUUUGUGUCCCGACUUCCGCGCGGCCCCGCGGCGCUGCUCCCGGCACCGGAUCCCUCCUCCCCCGCCCCGGACAGCAGCGAGAGCUAGCGAGCGAGCGCGCCGGCGUGAGCGACGACCGAGGGGCCGCGGAGAGGGGGGGGACCGAGCCGCCGUAGCCGAAGAUGCCGGAGUUCCUGGAGGACCCCUCGGUCCUGACCAAAGACAAGUUGAAGAGCGAGUUGGUGGCCAACAACGUGACGCUCCCGGCCGGCGAGCAGCGCAAGGACGUGUACGUGCAGCUCUACCUGCAGCACCUCACGGCGCGCAACCGGCCGCCGCUCGGCGCGGGCGCCAACAGCAAGGGGCCCCCCGACUUCUCCAGCGACGAGGAGCGCGAGCCCACCCCGGUGCUCGGCUCCGGGACGGUCGCGGGUCGCGGCCGCGCCGCUGUCGGCAGGAAAGCCACAAAAAAAACUGAUAAGCCCAGACUUGAAGAUAAAGAUGACCUAGAUGUGACCGAGCUCUCUAAUGAAGACCUUCUGGAUCAGCUUGUGAGAUACGGGAUAAAUCCUGGUCCCAUUGUGGGGACAACCAGGAAGCUGUAUGAGAAAAAGCUGUUGAAACUGAGGGAGCAGGGGGCAGAAUCACGAUCUUCUACUCCUCUACCAACAGUCUCUUCUUCAGCAGAAAAUUCAAGACAGAACGGAAGUAACGACUCUGACAGAUACAGCGACAAUGAGGAAGGAAAGAAGAAAGAACACAAGAAAGCGAAGUCCACUAGGGAUUUUGUUCCUUUUUCUGAACUUGCAUCCGCUCCCUCUGGUGGAUUUUUUCAGGGUAUUUCUUUUCCUGAAAUCUCCACCCGUCCUCCUCUGGGCAGGACUGAACUGCAGGCAGCUAAGAAAGUGCACUCUGCUAAGGGUGCUGAGCCAGCCUUGCUGGGGCAGGGGCAGACAUCCAUUCCUUCAGAAUCUAGCUAUGAUAGAUGCGUAGAGAAAAGUUCUCCGUCAUCUUUUCAGCGUGAAUUCGCUGCCAGGUUGGCCUCUGUGGCCGCUUCUCCUUCACUGAUAAGAGAGACCACUACUAGCUACUGUAAAGACACAGUAGAAAGCAUUCACCGUGGAGAGAGGCGUAGAGCCCAGCCGGCGUGCACUGCGGGGUCUGAGCAGUCAGUUCUCUGUAGUGAAAGGGAAGUGCUGCAAGAGUCAGAGAGAUCCCAAGUCAUUUCCCCACCGCUUGCCCGUGCAAUCAGAGACUAUGUCAAUUCUCUGCUAGUCCAGGGUGGGGUCGGCAGUUUGCCUGGGGCUUCUAAUUCUGCCCCCAUACUGGAUAUAGAAAACAUAUGUAAGAGACUCAGCCAGUCUGGCGGUGAAGAGUCUGGAUCCCUGUCUCCUCCCCACAAAGUCCCUAAACUCAGUGAGACCCCUGUAAAAGAAGGGAAUUCAGGGUCACGUGUGGCGUCUCAGGACAAACCUGAAUCUGAACAUAUGUCUGCUUUUGCCAAAAGUGUUGUCUCUCGUUCCCUUACUACCUUAGGAAUAGAUAAAAUAGAUGCCUCAGACCCGUCUUUUCCUCUGCACGAGUCUAUUUUGAAAGUAAUCGAAGAGGAGUGGCAGCAAAUUGACAGGCAGCUGCCAUCAUUGGCAUGCAGAUAUCCAGUUUCUCCCAGCGAGGCAACACAGAUACUGUCCGUCCCAGCAGUAGAUGAUGAAAUCGUGGGGCUCGUUUCAGAAACUACCCCAGGAGCAGCAAGUCAGGCGUCCUCCGUUGAGUCUUGUGAUAAACAUGUGGACUUGGCUCUCUGCAGAUCCUACGAGGCUGCAGCAUCCACAGUGCAGAUUGCCGCCCACACUGCCUUUGUAGCUAAGUCUCUGCAAGCCGACCUGAGCCAGGCGGCACAGCUUAUUAGUUCAGACCCGAGUCAUCCACACCUAGCACUUGAGAUUCUGAGCAGAGCCUACGAUGCAGCUUCAUAUCUCUGUGAUGCUGCGUUUGAUGGAGUGAGGGCGUCUGCCCAUGCCAUGGGGUCUUCUACUCUGGGCCGGCGGCAUCUGUGGUUGAAGGACUGUAAGAUUAACCCAGCUUCUAAGAAUAAGUUGACUGCUGCCCCCUUUAAAGGUGGGACAUUAUUCAGAGGGGAAGUACACAAAGUUAUUAAAAAGCGUGGAAAGAAACAGUAAUAAAGAACAGAGACACAAGCUUUGACUUGUAGAAUUUAUGAGCUUCUAGGAAUUUUCUUUUGAGGCCUUUUAGUUGCAACAGAGCUGAUUUCAAGUGCUAAGCUCCCACUCAUCAAAGCAUAGUCUGACAGCACAUCCAGAAGCCUAGUAGAGUUUACCUAACACUUCCACACACGUCUUACACUGUUUCCUCCUGGUUAGUUUAUAGCUCUGGAUUUAAAAAAGAGUUCCAGCAGCCAAAAUAUCAGUAGAAGCCUCACUUUUUUGUUGACAGCUCUCUCUAGCCCUGGAUGUCCUGGAACUCAGAGAGAUCCCUGCCUUUGCGUCCUGAGUGCUAGGAUUAAAGGCGUGUGCCACCACUGCCCGCAGCCUCGCUUUUUUUCCUUCUUUUUAGCAGUAUCAUUCACAUGCAUGCCCUUGAGCCUAGAUCAGAGUUAAACAUUGUUAAUCACUUGAAAUACUGUUCUUUUUUUUCUUCUCAAAGGAAUUUAUUUUGCACACUCUAGUGUGCAGGAAUGCCGAGUCUCACAGCAGUGAUAGGCUCGCGCCCUGUGAUUUCUGUCUGCUCUGCUCUCUUCUGCUUGUUUUCAUCACACACAUCUCUUGCCGGCCACUUCUGUAGCAGAACUCUUUUUGUCACUCUUGGCUAACUAGAUACAUGUUCUAAAAUUUGUCUGCAUUCUUGUUCGCGCUUUUGUUUACAGCACACUUCACGAUAAUGCUAGAUCAUUGUAACUCUUUGAGUGCCAGUGUACAGACUCGCUAAUUCAGACACUGCAAGAAAGGAAGGGAAAGGGUGAUGAGAGUUUAAAUCUAGAGAUACUUCGUAGGAGAACAAUACGAGAUAUGUGUACACACAUGCUCACGGGUGUGCUUAUUUUUUUAGUAAGCUAAUUUUAAAAAGCAGUAUCCAGUUGUGCAUUCAGAUAGAGGAGGUAGCUGGCGGUUCACGGGUCACACGAGCGUGAGGACGACACUUUGAGGGACGCACUAUGGGUGGCAAGAAGAAGAUAGUCUGUUCACUUAGCAUGACUUGUUAGAUGAGUAAGACACUACAAAGACAGGGCCCUUUUACUUACAUGGACUUAAAAGGGGUGUGUUGUAUGUCCUGGGUAGUUAAAUUUCAGAUCUGAAUGCCAAAAUUAGCAAAUUUAAAUUAUUUUCUAAAAACCUAUACUCCAAUGUCUAUGUCUGUAUGAAGCAAUGUAUUACCCUGUUUUCAUUUGUAUGGUGGUAAGGUAAGGGAGCUUGACUAGAGAGACAUGGCGAGUAGUCUGAGCGUGUACAUGUCUACUCCUAUUGUGUUCUUAGACUCCACAUUCCAUCUCUGCAGCUGUGGUAUUUGUCUUCUGAAAUGUACAUGUGUACAUGUACCUGUUAAGUACUGUGUGAUUUCUCUAAAGCAAUGUAUUCCUGUAGAAUGCUUCGACAAAUUCAAUAAAGUUGUUAAAUUUGAACAGUU